AUGGGAUCGACGACUUCAAAACCGGAAACCAAGGUGUUCACACCGCAAUCCCCAAUCGACUUCAGCUCGAGCUUCCUCUCGCAAUUAGAGCAAUCGCCCGACGUAUGUAUCCUCCCAAAGAACCCUUUUUUUUAUAUCAAUUUGCGAGAUCCUACGAUAUACUAACUCGAUCUCAGUCCGAUUACUCCAGAGCUCAGUAUGCCGAAAAAUACAUCCAGGACCGCGUCGCUGCGGAAUUGGCCAAGCUAGAGAAGGAAACAAUCAAGAAGUUCAAAGAUACAACCAACGCUGCAUUAUCCAACGACUCCAACACCACUGCAACGGAAGCAGGUUUGUCUGUGCCUGAGUCGAAUGGCAAGAUCGCUAAGUUGACGCAGUUGUUGAAGGAGAAUGCCCAGUUGGAGAAAAUCAAUCUCACGCCCCAGAUUACUGCGUCGAGAGAUAGCGUCAUUGCAUGUUUGAAGGAGAACCAGGGCAAGAGUUUGAAUUGCUGGGAUGAAGUUGAAACUUUCAAGAAAUUGGUCAAGGAUUUAUAA